UCCCACGACCAACGACGACCACCACGGUACAACCCCUCCACCCUUCAAGUACCUCGAUCACCUCGAACCCCUAAAUUGCACUACUGCCGCCGUUCCACACACUCUUUCUCUCCUUCGAACGUCCACAAUGGUUCACAAAGUGCUCUUCUGGAGCGGCCUCGGGGUUGGUGUACGGCUAUGGCAGCUCGGUAUUGAAAUGCGACCUCUCUUCAACCGCGAAUCCCUUUGGGUGUACCCCGUGUUUGCAGGUAUUGGCGGCAGCUUCGGCUACUGGCUUAUGGGUGUUGAACAACGUCAAUACAAGAUGCUCGCGGACCGACGAGAUGCAUUGCUCGAAAAGCGCGCGAGGAGGAAGGCGCGCGAGGAGACAGCAUUGGAGUCUUAG